AUGUCCUCAGGCAACAGUAUUGACGAAAAGACUGCUGCUCAUGUCGAAAAAGGCGACGUGUUGCACGCAGAAGUCUUGAAGGACAAUGCGCUCCUUAAUGAUGCAUUCGAUGGAGAGAACCACGAGCACCAAGAGACGGUUUGGCAGGCAGCCAAGAGCCAUCCAAUGGCGUGUCUCUGGGCUUUCAUUAUGUGUUUUACGAUUGUCAUGGAGUCGUUCGAUAUGUUCCUGAACGGGAAUUUUGUCGCCUUACCGUCGUUUGCGAAACGCUAUGGCGUCUUGGUCGAUGGGAAGUACACCAUUCCCACUAAAUGGCAAUCAGCACUCUUCCAGUCAGGUCAAUGUGGAGCGUUUGUUGGUGUUUUCCUUGCCGGCCCGAUCACGAAUCGUAUUGGAUAUCGUUGGACUACAAUUGUAGCGCUCCUUUUGAUGAACGCGACGAUUUUCGUGUCCUUCUUCGCCGACUCACUGGCGGUGCUUACCGUUGGUCAAGCACUGGAAGGUGUUCCAUGGGGUCUUUUCAUCGCCAACUCGCCCGCCUAUGCAUCUGAAGUUGUACCCCUCGCUCUUCGUGGAGCGGUGACAUCGACGCUCCAGAUGAGUUGGAGUAUUGGUUCCAUUAUCGUCGCCGCUGCUACGCUGGGUUAUAACAAGCGGGAUGACGAAUGGUCCUGGCGCGUUCCUUUGGCAUUGCAAUGGAUCUUCCCCACUCCAUUACUCAUCUUCAUCUUUUUCGCUCCGGAGUCGCCUUGGUGGCUUGCUCGCCGCGGCCGCAAGGAAGAAGCUCUGAACUCAGUGAGGCGUUUAUCGUCAAAGACAGAGGACCCUGCCCAAAAACUUGCAAUGAUUGAACGCACGGUCGAAAUCGAGGCUGCACAAGGCGGAGACCCGACUUUGCUUGAUCUCUUCCGAGGGACAGACCGUAGGAGAACCAUCAUUAUUUGCUUGAUGUAUGCGAGCCAAAACUUUGCUGGCAAUCUCAUUGCCAAUCAGGCCACCUUCUUCUUCGAGCAGGCUGGGAUUGCCUCCGACCGUGCAUUCCAACUCAAUCUGAUCAACUCUUGCCUGCAAUUUGUCGCCAACGUCCUGGCCUUGCCGCUCUCCGCCUGGUUUGGUCGUCGAACGAUCUAUCUUUGGGGGACUGCCAUCAACGUCAUGUUCCUCUUCAUCCUCGGCAUUUGUGCCUCCGUCAAGCAGACCCAGUCAACCUCCUUCGCCCAAGCCUGUCUCGGCGUCAUCAUCUCCUUUGUCUUCGCGGGGGCAAUGGGUCCAAGCUCCUAUACGACUAUCUCAGAAACGUCCUCUGUUCGCCUGCGUGCCCUGAGCACUGGAGUCGGGCGAGCGGCCUAUUACGUGGCAGAAAUUCCCAUGAUCUACCUAGCCAGCCAAAUGCUCAACGCGACGGGCUGGAAUCUCGCCGGAAAAUGCGGCUUUGUGUGGGGUGGAACCGCACUCGUCUGCUGGAUCCUUGCCUACUUCGGGCUCCCCGAACUCAAGCACCGCAGCUACCGCGAAAUCGACAUCUUAUUCCACCGCAAAGUCCCAGCUCGCAAAUUCAAGUCCACUGUGAUCGAUGUAAAAGAGAACGAAUAA